CGCGCCCUCGGGCGGGCGAGGCCGGUGGCUGCCGCACACACGAGCAGGCUUGGAGCUCACACUUCGGAGAGGCAGCAGAGGUGGGGGGAUCCCGGUCACUGGGACCCCCAGUCCUGCACAGAAAGCUCAUGGAGCCCUGAGCUCGCCGGGCCCUCCACUCGAGGGCUAGCAGGUUUCUUAUGGACCUGUAGUCUAGGCGCCAUGGCGCACGGUUUCUCAGUGGGCUUCGACCCACUGGGCCUCGGAGACCUAAGCUCGGGCUCUCUGAGCUCCCUCUCCUCCCGAGGCCACCUGGGCAGCGACUCGGGCUCCGCAACGCGAUACCUGCUGAGGAAGCAACAGCGGCUGCUGAAUGGGCCCCCCCGCGGAAUCCGAGCCUCAUCGCCCAUGGGCCGUGUCAUCCUCAUCAACUCCCCCAUCGAAGCCAACAGUGACGAGAGUGACAUCAUCCACGCCAUCCGGGUGGAGAAGAGUCCAACGGGGAGGCUGGGUUUCAGUGUGCGGGGCGGCUCUGAGCAUGGCCUGGGCAUCUUCGUCAGCAAGGUGGAGGAGGGGAGCAGUGCAGAGCGGGCUGGCCUGUGUGUGGGAGACAAGAUCACGGAGGUGAAUGGGCUGAGCCUGGAGAGCACCACAAUGGGCAGCGCCGUGAAGGUCCUGACAGGCAGCAGCCGCCUGCACAUGAUGGUGAGGCGCAUGGGCCGUGUGCCAGGCAUCAAAUUCUCCAAGGAGAAGACCACAUGGGUGGACGUGGUGAAUCGACGGCUGGUAGUAGAGAAGUGCAGUUCAACACCGUCUGACAGCUGCUCAGAGGACGGUGUGAGACGCAUCGUCCACCUCUACACGACUUCCGAUGACUUCUGCCUGGGCUUCAACAUCCGUGGGGGCAAGGAGUUUGGCCUGGGCAUCUAUGUGUCCAAAGUGGACCAUGGUGGGCUGGCCGAGGAGAAUGGCAUCAAGGUGGGAGACCAGGUCCUGGCGGCCAACGGUGUCAGGUUCGACGACAUCAGCCACAGCCAGGCCGUGGAGGUGCUGAAGGGCCAAACGCACAUCAUGUUGACCAUUAAGGAGACAGGCCGGUAUCCUGCCUACAAGGAGAUGGUUUCUGAAUACUGUUGGCUGGACCGACUGAGCAACGGGGUGCUGCAGCAGCUGUCCCAGGCCUCUGAGAGCAGCUCCAGUGUCUCCUCAUACGCCUCCAGUGCCCCCUACAGCUCAGCUGAGGGCUCCAGCUCUUUGCCCUCAGACCGCAUGGAUGUCUGCCUGGGGCCUGAGGAGCAGGGCAGCCGUGGCCCAGGCUGGGGGCGGGCAGACACAGCCAUGCAGACAGAGCCCGACACGGGGGGCUGCGUGGAGACCUGGUGCAGCGUGCGGCCCACGGUCAUCCUCAGGGACACAGCCAUCCGCUCCAAUGGACCCCCGCCUGCCCGCCGCCUUGACUCUGCGCUCUCUGAGUCCCCCAAAACUGCUCUGCUGCUGGCCCUCAGCAGGCCCCGGCCCCCCAUCACACGCUCCCAGAGUCACCUGACCUUGUGGGAGGAGAAGAAGCAGCGGAAGAAGGAGAAGUCGGGGUCCUCUGGGGAGAAGGGUGCCCUGCAGCGCUCCAAGACAUUGAUGAACCUCUUCUUCAAGGGAGGGCGGCAGGGGCGGCUGGCAGGGGAUGGGUGCAGAGAGGCCUGGACUCUGGAGAGUGGAAGCCCAGUCAAGCCCCGCCCUCGCCUGGACAUGGAGAGAGCAGGGGGAGUGGGGCCCGUGCAGAAGUUUGUCACCUGGAGGCUGAGACGCGACCGGGAGAGGGGCCGUGCCCUGCUCUCUGCCAGGUCUGGGAGCCCCUCCAGCCAUCUGCCCAAUGUGGAUGAGCGGGUGCAGGCCUGGGAGAGCCGACGGCCCCUUAUUCAGGACCUGGCCCGGCGGCUGCUGACUGAUGACGAGGUGCUGGCCGUCACUCGUCACUGCUCCAGGUACGUGCAUGAGGGCGGUGUGGAGGACCUGGUGAGGCCCCUGCUGGCCAUUCUGGACAAGCCCGCAAAGCUGCUGCUGCUGCGGGAUAUCAGGAGUGUGGUGGCGCCCACUGACCUGGGCCGCUUCGACAGCAUGGUGAUGCCUGUGGAGCUGGAAGCUUUUGAAGCCCUCAAGAGCCGGGCAGUACGGCCUCCUGCUUUGCGACCAUCCCGGCAGGACACACCACCCAAGCGUCACCUCAUCACUCCUGUGCCUGACAGUCGUGGAGGCUUCUACUUGCUGCCUGUGAAUGGCUUCUCAGAGGAGGAGGAUGAUGGGGAGCUCAGGGAGCGGCUGGGGGACCUCCAGGUCUCCCGGGGUGCCUCUGCGCCCCAUCACCCUCAUAAAGGGAUACCCCCUCUCCAAGAUGUGCCAGUAGAUGCCUUCGCUCCACGCCGAAGCACCUGCACACCCCCUCCCCAACCACCCCCUGUUGCUCCCCGACCCCCAAGGCCUAACUGGCUGCUGACAGAACCCCUGGAACGAGAGGACCCUCGCCAGAGCCAGAGCCAUGGCCCGGCCCAGAGCCGGAGCCGCAGCCGCAGCCGCAGCCGGGGCCGAGGCAAGUCCCCCGGACGCAGGCGUUCCCCAUCCCCGGUACCUAUCCCCAACCCCAGCACCACCAAUGGACGCUACCAUAAGCCUCGGAAGGCCAGGCCCCCUCUGCCGCGACCUCUGGAUGGGCAGGCAGCUAAGGCGGGAGGCAGUCACGGGCCCUCCGAGAAUGGAACUGCCAUGACAGCCGAGGAGGCAGCCACAAAGGCCCCUAGUGGGGAGCUGAGGACAGUCACGCUGUCCAAGAUGAAACAGUCCUUGGGCAUCAGCAUUUCAGGGGGCAUUGAGUCCAAGGUGCAGCCCAUGGUGAAGAUAGAAAAGAUCUUCCCUGGGGGCGCUGCCUUCCUCAGUGGGGCCCUGCAGGCUGGCUUCGAGCUUGUAGCAGUGGAUGGAGAGAGCCUGGAGCAGGUGACUCAUCAGCGAGCAGUGGACACCAUCCGCAGGGCUUAUCGAAACAAGGCUCGGGAGCCCAUGGAGCUUGUGGUCAGGGUCCCUGGGCCCAGCCCACCACCCUUACCCUCUGACUCAUCAGACCUCACUGAUAGGUGCCUUCCUGCUGACAAUUCCCCUGUCCGCUGACCCCAUGAUGGUACUCCAUUUCCCUCCCCCUGGCUCCCAGACCCUCCUAUUAAUGCCCUUCCCACCAAAGCCCAGGUCCCUCCCACUGAUGCCAGGCUCCUCCAGCUGACCCCCAGCCCAGUCCACUCUCCAACCCUCCAGACUCCUGAAACAAACCCCCGACUCUGCCCACCUACCCCGCGAGUCUUCCUGCUGACCGCAGAGCCUCCCACUGACCCCAGAAUCCUCCAGCUCUCUCCCAGACCUCGCCUAUUCACCUCCUCAGGACUCAGGAGCCUCCCACUGCUGCCUGCCUUGCCUACACCCAAAGCUCCACACCGGUGACUCAGAUCUCCCUGCUUUCUUCCCUCCCCAGUUGUCCCUAAGGCUCUGCCCUCUCCAGACAAACUUGGUGUCAAGGACAAGGUGCUACUGGGCAGCCUGUGUCACCUGCUCACUGCUCCCAACCUCCCGAGAUAGGAAGGAGGUUGAGAAACCCAAGGUCUGGAGUUUGAGAUUUGUGGGCACUUUCUCAUGAUACCCGCUUUUAUAUUCCCACGCACUGAGGGACAUGGGCUCUCAGAUACAGUCAUUGCAUCCAGCCCUCAGCAAUGUUCUGUGCAAAGGACAGGGUGGAAGGCUUUUCUAGUUUCUCAAACUCUGAGAGACCAUUUCAUGUUGUGGUCCACUAGGACCUCAAACUUUCUGCUGGAUUUGUCCUUCUCCCAUCACCUUUUCUCCCCUUAAGACCUCUAUGAGGGGUAG